CACGCAAAAUACUUAGUUGUUCAUAUAUACAUAUGUGUGUAUAUACGUAUGCAUCCAAAAUCAAUGGCCAUAUAAUGUACAUACAAAUAAUUUUGUUUGCAAAGUUUUCGGGACAAAGUGACGCCCUAUAAAUUCGUCAUGGCUUUCAUUACACAUGCAUAUCUAGAGGAAUGUAAGAAACAAUAUCUCGAGCGGCGUGAGAAGCGGCAUGUGAAGACAUAAAAUCAAUACCACGCUAAAUAAAUGAAAAAAAAACAAGAAUUCAAAUAGUGAUAGUGCUUUUAAAUAUCUGAGAAAGAUAACUCUUUCUUUACGUUUUUGCUUUCGCCCACAUACAUAUGAUAACUCCAAUCAUAAAAUAAAAAAAAAAUAGUAAUGAAAGAAAUGCGAUAUGGUAUUACAAAGCUGGCGUCUGUUCGGAGUUUCAGUAACAAUCAUUAUUUAUAUAUGCAGCGUGUUAUUUCUUUCUAUGAAUAGUACCCCUCGCUCAAAUCAAAGAAAUGGUCAGGCUGAAAGAUUUGCUGAGUUCGCCAAUUUUCGUAAUACGAGGUUUCGUGGUUUCACAUCCAGAACUAACAUACGCUGGUGUAAUGGCCUCAAGUAUCUUAAGACAAACCUUCCAGAUAACAUGAUCACAAUUAUAUCAACUCUCGGCACUAAUAAAGCGGGCACUACAGAAACUAGUAAAAGUGAAACUGAAUAUCGAGUACCUGGCCUGACUGCAUUAGCAUCCUUUCCUGGAAGCGGUAACACUUGGCUUCGUUACUUAUUGCAACAAGCGACUGGAAUUCUAACUGGGAGUGUGUACAAGGAUUAUGGUUUACUGAAAACCGGAUUUCCCGCAGAAAAUAUUCGUAAUAACUCCGUAUUAUUAGUCAAAACUCAUGAGUUCGGUCCCAAUGCGUGGGAACCAUUUACUAAGGCCAUUUUACUUGUACGUGACCCAGAAAAAGCAAUUUUGGCAGAAUUUAAUAGACAAAGCGGGGGUCAUAUUGGAUUUGCAUCUCCCGAUCGCUACAAAAGAACUAGAGGAAAAUAUUGGACACAAUUCGUAUUAAAAAGCCUAAAAAUGUGGGAGGCUACUAACUUAAGUUGGGCACGAGACUUCCCAGGCAAUGUCAAGGUUGUGUUCUACGAGGACUUGGUCGGAGAUUUAGAAAAAACGUUGAGGGGAGUUCUAAACUAUAUAGAAUUUCCUAUUAACGAGAGUCUCUUGAGCUGUGCUUUGACGAGGAGAGAAGGUGUGUUCCGGAGAAAGAAACGAUUUCUAAAUUUUGAUCCAUUUACUCUAUCCAUGCGUUCUAUAAUUAAGCAGAAGAAACUAUCAGUAUAUAAAUACCUUGAGAAGCUUAAAUGAUGAGCUUCCAUAUAUAAGCUGUAUUAUUUACAAGUACAUACUUAUUUGGCGCGCUUCAUGACCGCAUUGUAAUUUAUACUUAUAUAUAUCUACUCGUAAGUGUAUUCAUUAUAUGAUGAUUCUAAAGCAACCAUGGAGUCUGCUCAAAUUAUUAAUACCUACUUACAUAUAUUAAGCUCGCCAUUUUUGAUAUGAUUUAUUCAAAUAGUUUUCUUUAUUUCUUUUGGAAGAUAUAUGUAAAUAGGUACUACAUAUGUAUACAUUGUAUGAUCAUAUAUAGCUAUGUAUUAGACCGGGGUGCUUUGUAUAAAAUACAAUUUUUCGAUGCGACAACGCGCCGUUGAAAUUAUGAUUCCUCUUGUCAUUACGAAAAAAGUCCCUUUCCGGCACAUGUAGGUCAAAAAUUAAUUUCGAGGUUGUAUAAUUUAAUUUUUAUGGUUUAACUAGAAUUUGUAAGUUACUUGGAAUUUAUCGUACAGAACUUCUUUUUAUAGCAAGGAUAUUCUAAUUUACUUCACAUAACGGCUGUAUGUAACUGCAUAAAAUAAUCGUGCGUAACUCAAAAUCCGUAAUUAAGAAGCGCGAUUUCCCAUACAAAAUUUCUCUCCCAAAAUUUGAGAUUAUAAAAUAAUCCUAGAUAAUAACGAUACUUUUUCACAUGCAACCCAGUGUUAUCGAUAAUUAUUAUUACGAAUGUGAGGAGAAACAUCAAAAUAAAAACUAAAUGUAAUGGUCGCUGGCAAAAGGUUUGUAGACAUAAUUCUAAUAAAAUGUUUGUUGGCUGUUUGUUAUUAACUAAGCGUGUAUCCAUAAACGCUUUAUCCUCUUAUUACUUGAAAUAAAAUGUAAUAUAGAAGUUCCCAUGCGUAUUGCUGCCAUAAUUUUUUGUAACCUCAGUAAACGUCAUUUACGGAUUUCCUCCUACUGUUUAUUACUAGCCACCAAAAUGCGCAAUUAAAUUAGCUAUUCCUUCUCCUUGUAUUUUCUUCAUAUCGUUAGUAAUAAUUAAAGAAACAAAAAACACCGAAAUAUUCCACCAAAAUAAUUUCUAUGAAGAAAAACCUCUCAAGCAGUAUUGUCAGCUGAUUGUCAAUUUUGCAGGUAAUCUGCCAUAUGUGAACGUGUAUAUUAAUUUUGUGGAUUUAUAUUAUAUUAAUAUUAAUAUGUAUACCAAAAUGCUCAGAAUGACGUCGAUGCGGAAUCGAUAUAGCUAUGUGUGUCCGCCCAUCCCUGUGUACGAUAACUCCAGCAAAAAAUAAUAUGUCUCAAUUUAGUUUCUUACACCUCAUUUAGAUCCGACAAAAACUUUAUUGAUAUCGGAUAAAAAACUCGCCCACUUUUAAUCUUACAACUAAAAUUCCGUCCGCCCGUCUAAUGUUAUAAGCUAUAACUUGAGAAAAAGCAAGGUCACUUAACUCUAUACAUGAUAAGUAUAUACAUAUAGGUAUAUUCAAAAUAGGUGAAACGCCCUGCUCCCACGGUAAUUUGAGGGUGAAGUGUUGCAAAUAAGAUAAAAUUACUAAAAUUUGAUAAAUUCAAAAAAGAAAUACAGUGAAAGUGAUUUGAUAUUUUUUUCGCAAAAUUUUUUAAUUUUUAUUUUUUACCGUUUUCCGUUCCCAUUUUAUUUAAAACCUUUUAUUGUUGUCAUACGUGUAGUAAAUUUUAUACUUAUUUUUAUUGUCGUAAGUGUAGUAUAUAAUAUUUUAAACGUAUAUAUAUAUAUGCAUAUAUAUAUAAUUGGCGCGUACACCCUUUUUGGAUGUUUGGCCAAGCUCCUCCUCCCAUUUGUGGCGUGCGUCUUAAUGUUGUACCGCAAAUGGAGGGACCUACAGUUUCAAGCUGACUUCGAGGGCAUAUAUUUUUAUGAGGAGCUUUUCCAUGACAGAAAUACACUCGAAGGAUUGCCAUUGCCUGCCGAGGGACGAUAGCGAUGUUUUUUUUAAUUUCGGUGUUUCACCGAGAUUCGAACCUACGUUCUCUCUGUGAAUUCCGAAUGGUAGUCACGCACCAACCCACUCGGCUACGGCGGCCGCUGAAUUCCGAAUUUUAAACGUACAAAAAUAUGUAUUUAGAGGAUUUGCAAGGAAUCCUACAGUUAUAUUACAUAAGUAUUUUGAAUUCCCACACAGUUAAAAAAAAUUUGGUUAUGCUUACAAAUACUUUUAAGCCAAUACGACACUUAGGACACUUUGUGAAAUACCUAAAUAUAAUAUCUUAUUUUUUCCACUAAUUUUCAUAAGUAGUAUGAAAAGUAAUGGAAUAAUGAUAAUAAGUAAUAAUGAAAUAUAAAUAACAAUGAUAUAUUUAGCAAGCUGUCGAAAAAAUGUGUUUUUGCAAAAAUUCAAAUUUUAUAUCCAUCCAGUAAAUGUGAUUGUAAUAGACAAUUUUUGCUUAAGACAAUAAACGCAAAGAAAUUGCCGUGACACUUUUAAAACUUAACAAAAUGAAUAUUUUAUUGUUGAACUCGGCAGAAUAUCCUUUCGAAGAAGCCUAUAAGAAUGAGCGUAAAAAUUUUAGAAUAAAGUAAAAAAAAAAGAGAUUAGUGAGCAUUUCGGUCCGCAACUUUUUUUGUUAGAGAAAAGUUUCCACCUCUUUUAAAAACGCCAAAUCUUACCCCAAUCACCGUUCGGUUUUCCUACAUACAAGGAGAGGCGGAGUGGUAUAGAGCUCACAUUUAGCGCGAAAAAUUUCGUAUAUUUUAUGGACCGUAACUGAUUAUUCUCAAAUUCAAGCACAAUACUUUGCUUUAGAAGGAGCUCAUUUGAAAUUAUGUUUCGUUUCGAUACCUCUCUUGGUACUGGAAUUAUAGACUAAAGUGUGGUCUCAAGAAUUGAUAAGAUACAGUAUCCGAUAGAUUAUGACAAUAUCGAGGUGAAAUGAAAGGUCAGUCAAAAUUGUAAAGUUAUGUCUAAAUAUCCAUUUAAAUAAUUUUUUUUUUAAAUAAAUGUAUUUUUAUGUUUUGUUAAAUAUAAAUUAAGUACUUGUUUAUUAACAUAAAAGCAGUAAAGUUUAUUUUAUUUAUAUUGUUGUAAAGCUUAUACAGCUCAUCGUUAAGUUAGUUCUCAAUUGCCAACUCCAAAUUGCCAAAUGUGUACAUGCACACGUAAAUUUGGCUAACUAACUGCUGACAAAGUGACAGCUAUCACGAGGCGUACCGGGAUAAGGUUUUUAUUUUUUUAUCACAAAAAAUAUUAUUAAAACUACAAAGCAAAGAUAUUUUCAAAACCUGCAAUCGCCCACAUUUUAUUUAAAGUUCCAGUGAAAAAAUGUGUCUUAAAAAAAUUCAUUCAUUUUAAACGAGAUGUAACUUUAAGUAAAUAAUAUAUAAUUCUCUAAUGUAGAAAAAAUAAUUAAGGGUAGUUUGAAAUAAACCUGAUUAUAAACUCCGAAAAAUCCACGUUUGAUUAAAUAAAUCUUUUUUGUUAGCGCCUUAUGGUAAAAAGUGCCUAUCUAUUCAGGAUAAUUUACAUUUUUAUUAAGACUCAGAUAUUUGGCUGUAUACAUAUAUGGUAUGAUGACUGUAUAUUUAAUAUAUUGGUGUCCGCCGAAGCCGAAUGGGAAGGGCAUAGGAUCGAGUCUCUGUGCAUGAAAUGUAUUUCUGCCAUGAAAAAGUUCCUCAUAAAAAAAUAUAUCUGCUGUUCGGAGUAGACUUAAAACUAUAUAAUAAUUCGGGCUAUGCAGUUAAUAUACUGUAGUAUAAUUUAAGUAGAAUAUCAUUGAGUUUAAUAAUUAGGAAAGUACUUUUUAUAGUAAUAAGGACAGCCUACCCUAAAUUUUAUAAAAAUAGUACUGAGAACUUUUAACUCUUUACUUACCCUAGGAUUAUUGUAGCUAAUGUUAUACAACAAAAUUAGAAUGCAACCAGCCACCAUUAAAUCAUUUCACUUACGUUUCACAGUUUGUUAAUUAUUCUUACUUUUUUGACGAUUGUACGAUUUGCUUUUACAAGUACAUACAUGAAAAAGGGGGCAUGAUCGGAAAAUACACUUUAAAUUGUAACUUCUGUACAUUAUUGUACAUUCGUUAGCUCAAAAACAAUAGAAAUAUUUUCUCAUCCUAAGUAAUCUUCAAGAUAUGAGCGUAUCAGUAAAGGACAACUUUUGAAAAUGGACUAUACACAUUUUCCAGCAAUACCGGAAAAUUUCCUUUUUUUCUGGAUAAUGCGAUUUUUUAAGUUUUUAAAUAAUGAAACUAUUUUUAGGGGUUGGCAAUGUGUUUUCAAAAUGUCCUAAAACCACAAUAUUUUUGUUUUGAGAUUUUUGCUUCACCAUUAUUUAGCAAUCAUUGCCAGUGUGUUUGUUACCUUUGCUCGGACAAUCCUAGUUUUAAUAUAUUUUCAAAAUAAAAACCUAUCCUAAAUUCGGCUAUGUUUCAGGGGUCGGCAUACGGUUUGGAAAUCGCGAUUUUCCAGUUUUUACGGAUUUUGGUAUCUGAACGAUAUGUCUCAAUCGCAUAUACAUAUCUCCAAGAGAAAUUUUAUUUUCGUAGAUGGUCAUUAAAAAUGUUCCUUUAUUUGUGAAAUAUAUCCGACUUUGAGAAAUUUUCGCGAGGUCCUUCCAUUUAAGGAAGGGCUAGUUAUGAAUUUGUUCGACAUUUUUGAAGAAACGGAACAAAUGACACCGGUGAUUUUAAUGGCGUUAACGUACAUAGAUAAUUUAAAUUCCAUGGUGUUACCAGUUUUGAACGAAUUGCACUUAAAAAUAAUACCUCCAAUGUAUGAAGAUUAAGAAAAUAAACUUUCGGUGGGUGCCGAAUAACAUUUCCAAAUUGCUAAUCACGUUUGGAGUGGUAAAAAACCUGGGCCUGGCAAACCAGUCAUGAGAAAAUUUUAUUAUAUAGUAUACUAGUAGCACCCGGCAAUGCCAGAGCACUGUAUAUUGUGUCUCAUUUUAGGUUUUAGGUACUGCAUUUUAAACAACCGAGAAGAACUUCAGCAUAGGCUAUUAUAAUUCAUAGAGGCGUCAUUUAUUAGCUGGUCAAAUAGUAUUCUGCCGCAUUCGUGCAUCGGUGUAGCGCAAUGCCAAAUAAUGCGUCUCGUAGUUUUGUUCUCUACUCUGCAAAAUUUGCAGAUUUACUAUUUUUUCCAGUUCCAUAAAAACUAUCUAAUUGUUAUGAUGUAAGCAGAAAGGCUCUGUAGCUAUGUAUGUAUGUAUGUAUAUACAUAUGUAGAAGUAGUUGAUGUUCCCUUCUUUGCGAGUAUAGAGCUGUAUAGAGAAUCCAUGGCAUGUGUUAAUCUUUCUAAGCACUAAAUCGCCAGUUUAGAUAACUAGUUCAAACGCUUUUAGCCUGACGUGUGUAAAUGCUAACAUUGGAAAAAAUUAUAUGACGUGGCGAAUUUAUAAAUGAUUUAAAUUUUUUGUAUGCUUUAUGAAGCCUCUUCUUUUCGCCAAGCGUUAGCAAGUGGCGAAUAGAUGAAGUAACUGGUACAAAUGAACCUAUAAUGUAAUGGAAUGGUACAAUAUAACAUAUACUUGUAUAUAGAGCUGCCUUAAAUUGCAUGUUUUGAGGUAUAGCCAUACACACUAGCGGCGAAUCUUACGCGAUAACUUUGUUGUUGUUUUCGCAUGCAAAUUUUUCGACAAGUUAAGGGGUUAUAUACCUUGUGAGCCCGAAAAAAUGGACGAUUGUCAUAUUUGUUUUUAAAUAUGUUUUCGAACUUUUAUUCAAAUGAGUGCAAAAUCCCCUUUCAGCUAUAUUAAGCAAAUUAAAUGAACAAGGCAAAAUCUUCAAAUCAAUUGAAAAAUGCUUGUGUGCCCUUGAAAAAAACAUGCAAUUUUUUGACUAUGAAUAAAACACUAAAAAUAAUAUUAUGGAAUGCCAACGGUCUAGCUAAACACCAAACAGAGCUAGAAGUUCUGUUAAACAACGACGAAAUUCACGUCUUCCUAAUAGCUGAAACACACUUCACAAUACAUUCAUAUUUGAAUUUUAAACAUUAUUCCCUAUAACAUACUAUUCACCCCAACAAUUGUGCAAGAGGUGGCAGCGCCGUUCUCAUAAAAAAUAAUAUAACUCACCACUUGGAAGACCAACUCAGCGUCGAGAAAUUUCAAACACCUUCCGUUUCUGUCGAGGCCUUCGAGCAACAAAUAUUACAGCUUUAUACAGCCCACCCAGACACCAACUAAAAUCUGAAGAUUAUGUAUCUCUCAUCGAAAGAUACAAAGGACGUUUUAUUAUAGGAGGCGAUUUCAACUCUAAGCACAUACAUUGGGGGUCUAGGCUUACAAUGACAAAAGGGCGCGAAAUGUUUAAAGCCAUAAGACUAAGAGGUUGCGAAAUAAUUUCAAAUGGUAAGCUAACAUACCUGAUUUGAUUGACUUUUUUGUCUCCAAAAAUAUUCCCGCAAACCAUCUUUCUAUUUCCGAAGGCUUCGAUCUGAACUCUGACCACUCACCGAUCCUUUUAGAAAUAUCAGGAAAUGCGGUACUAAAUAAAACGUCUCCUCGUCUAUUUAAUAACUUCCCCGACUGACAGUAUUUCCAACUGCAAUUACAAGCUGUAGUGGUAGAUUGAUGAUCUUGAUGAUGCCGUGCUUCAAUUCACGGAAAUAAUUCAAAACGCAGCAUGGAACAGUACGCCCCAGCAAGGCGUCACAUCAAAUAAGAAAAAAUACCCAUCAUAUAUUAAGUUGCUGAGAAAUAAAAAACGAAAACUCAAACGUCGUUGGCAGUUAACCAGAUAUCCUAAGGACAAAUUGAAACUCAACCCAACCACAAAACAACUACACGUUAAAAAAUGAUAAUUUCAACCGAUAGCACCCAUCAAAACAAACGACACCCAAUGGGCAAAAACCAAUGAGCAAAAAGCAAAUUUAUUUGCAGAGAAUCUUCGAAAAACCUUCUGUGCCAAUGAUGGAUCUGAAGAUAUUGACAUCUCGUCAAAUUGGAUUGAAAGCGAUGUCAGCAUUGAGCCAGUUAGUAACGAAGAUGUAAUGAAGUAAUGAAUGAAUAAAUAAGAGAGUUAUUCCAACGCACCAGUUUGGCUUUCGAAAAAGUCACUCCACAAUCGACCAAGUUCACAGAGUUGUUAGAACCAUAGAGUAUGCGAUAGAGGAUAAUAAAGUUUGCGUAGCGGUGUUCCUUGACGUAUCGCAGGCGUUUGUCAAAGUUUGGCAUACGGGCUUACUCCACAAACUAAAAUCGAUUUUGCCCAGGAAUUAUUGCGAAAUUCUUUCUUCCUACCUUGAUGGCAACGCCUAUUCCUCAUUGCAAAAAGCAAGCGCGGGGGUACCUCAAGGACGUAUACGUAUGACUUAUCGGUUCACGAGCAACACGUUACCACAACCUUUGCAGAUUACACGGCUAUCCUAGCAGUUGGAAAAGUAAUCGAGACUACAACGGCGAAAUACCAAUCAGCGGUGAGUUCUAUUGCGACAUGGGCAAAAAAAUGGCGUAUCAAAUUAAAUAAUUCAAAAUCACAUUGCACAUUGUAUUCGGCCUGAAAAAAACAAUUUACAAGCCAGUCUACAUAAACAGCGUAAAUAUACCGUACGUCAACGAGGCAAAAUAUCUUGGAAUAACCCUUGAUGCUAAACUGCGUUGGAAGGCGCAUGUCAAGAAAAAGCGUCAAGAGCCGGAAUUAAAAACAAAAAACCUUCUUUAUCUUAUUGGUAGACCCUCUAUUCUGUCAACGAACAACAAACUACUGCUAUACAAUAAAUUUCUUAAACCGGUCUGGACGUAUGACAUUCUGCUAUGGGGAUGCGCAAGCGAAUCUUGCAUGACAAUUAUCCAACGAUUCCAAAAUAAAGUGUUGCGCAGCAUCGUCAAUGCUCCAUACUAUCUACGAAAUCUCGACCUCCAUCGUGAUCUUGGUAUGCUACUCAUCACUGACGUGGCGAAAAAGUAUGCCAUGGCUCACAUACAACGUUUAAGUACACAUGUCAACGCUGAAGCAUUGGCUUUGUUUCAGCCAAAUACUCAUCGUCGGCGGCUCAAGCGUAAAACAUUUUUAGACCAGAUGGGCACCCAGUAGCAGCUGCACGUUAUAUAUUUAUACAUUCAUAAUGAAUUUAUGAAUAUUGAGGCAUCUUAGUUUUUCCCUUUUUAAUAUAUAAUAUAUUUUCAAUAAAAAUUGCUCGUUAGUAUAUUUAUUUAGUUGUACUAGUUGUAAUUUCUAAAGGUUAUUCUGUUUAUACUUUAAGAUGCGUUAAUAAAAAAAUAAAAGAAAACAAAAAUAAGGUAUGUAUCAUACUGAAGGGUAACUCUUGAAGAAUACAUUUUGGUGUUUUUAUUUUAAAAAAUGUUAUUAUUUAUUGUUGACAUCGCCCCUCCCCUGAAACGCCGUUUUUUAGAAGAGGCUUGCGGUGAUCACGGUAGUGCAUGAGCAGCUCAACUGAAAUCAAAAAAAAUUAAAUGAUUAUUGUAGAAAAAUAUUUUUUAGUGAAUCUGAACGGUUUAUUUACCAAAAAAAAAUUUUUUUCUCGAUAUGAAAACCGCUUUGCCCCAAAAAAUCGAUUUUUGAAAUUGAAAAAUUAAUUCCAGCGAACUAUGCAAAUAUUUAUAAAAAGUGAACCGUUCAAAUUCACGAGGUUGUAACUUCGAAUAAUUAAAAAAAAGUUUAUCCAAAUCGGUGAAAUAGUUUGCUGCUUAAAUUCAUAUGUAUGUACGUGAAAAUAAAAAUAAAUUUUGAUUAUUUUAAUUAUGUUCUAUAAUUGAUUUGGAAGACGCCUCUAUUCACAGGAAGGAUAGCAUAUGUGAUUGAAAACGAUUCUAUUAUUUUUCAAAAUAUUUUCCAAGAUUUUUAAUAUACUUUUGCAUUGAAUUGAAUUAAUUUUCGAUGCACAUUGUCCAGUCACGUUUCCAGGGCGUUUUUCAAUGCGAACACACCUUGUUACUCGUCGUACUUAUGACCAAGGAUGCCUCAAUCUAACGAUAUGUGACAUAACAAUUUGCUCCAUUAUUUCUUACAUAACAGCGAUAUUUCUCCUCUAACAACUGAUUUUUAAUAACCUUCCUGGAAUUCGUUGUUGGUCAAAUAGCGACCACAAGAAAGUUCAUUGUACCAGUUUUUACGGUGCUAAGGAUUGUAUUUGUUGGCGCAUUCUUGUCUUGUUAAUCCACGUCGCAAUUUACGACGGUAACGGUAAUACUAGUUUAAUGAAACUGUUUUCCCGAGAUGAAUUUCUGAAUCUAAUGUGAACAACACUAAUAUGGAUCACACAUCAAAAUGUUCUGAGUGUUCUUAUGGUAAAGUAUGUCAGACUCACCAAAGGAAAUGUCAGAUAGCACCUAACAACACCAUAAGUGGCCAAGACCGGAAUUGUAAAUAGUAACCCUCGUGCACUGAUACAUUCAGUUACUAACCGGUGUAGCUAAACUGUCCCUUCCGCAAAACCCCGAAGGUGCUAAGGCGGGUUGCAAAAAACUUAAAAACAUUAACUCGAUGAUGGCCAUAAAAGCUUUUCAGGGGAAUCUUUAAAUUUAAAACCAAAAUAACUAUAUUAAAGUAGUAUAACAAUGUUAUUUUAUGUAAUUAUUAUGUGCAAAAAGACGUUUUCCUUUAUUGGGAUCAGUACUCCGUUAUAGACAUAUAAAUGACUGCAACUGUUAAAUAAAAUAAGAAUUGAAAAUUGUAAAAAAUUAAAAAAUGUUCAAAAUACUCCAAGUGUCUUGAAAAUUAUAGUUAAACCAAACAUGUUCCAUAAUAAUGAAAUUAUGUAGCCUCGAAACUCAUUUUAAAUCUAUUUUCCGUAAUGAUAAGAGGAAUCGUAAUUUCGGCUGCCUAAUGGCCCCGGCAUAAUAUAAUAUGUAUGUAGGUAUUUACUUUUCCGUAUGUGGAUUUUUAUUGUAUUAAAUUUUUAUAUUAAUGCUGAUUUUUAAAUAUAAAUAUUUUUUGAUGUAUGUAAAUUUAUAAAUGUUAAUGUGUUUAUGACUAAUUUCUACAAGCGUGGAUUAAGCUAUAAAGUGAGACAAUAAAUAAUCUAAU